AUGGAGAAGCUGCAGGUGCAGGACUCCGGAGAGUACUGGUGUGCAGUCCUUGGCUCUUCUAAUACAGUGAGUCGACUAAAGGCAAUUAAACUGGAUGUUUACAAGGAAGUGCAAGAACAUGAUACCUUGGAGGGGCAGAGUCUCUCUGUCCAGUGUCCGUACAACAGAGAACUUUACAAAAGGGCAGAGAAAGCCUGGUGCCGAAGCACAACUCAGAGUACAUGUGAUAUCUUAGUCAGCACUGAUACCGGGAUCAUCACUUACCAUAAUGGGGCUCAGAACGGCAGAGCCACGAUCCAUGACAACCCCCAAACCGGGAUUGUUACUGUCACCAUGGAGAAGCUGCAGACAGACGAUGCCGGGGUGUACUGGUGA